AUGAAUUCAAUGAGAAACUCUUAAAUAGCCUUAGAAGAUACUCAAUAAAUUAAGCAUUCUCCAAAGAGACUAUAUACUUAAGGAGGUAAUCAUAACUAAAGCAAUAUGGGCAGAAUCGGAGCUCAGGGUUCAAUUCACGAAGUAGACUUAUUUAAGUUAGCAGUUAGGCAGUUAACACCACAAGAUUAUCAGCAUCAUCUGUCCUUUAUUCUCAAUAAAGUCAAUAAAUUAGAGAAUAGUAAUCACCACAAUUCAAGUAUGGAUAAUCCAGGGCAAGGCAGGAAUGCUUUGAAACUUGAAACUAUAAAACUAUAUUAUAAAGUUUGGAGUGGCUACACAAAGUACCUUAAAAACCAGGCUCAAGAUAAAAAGCGUAUAGUUAUUUGUCCGAUCCUGGGAACCUUCAUACCUCAAAGCUAGCUAAACAGCAUUAUGAAAAGUGAUAAUGCCAAUAACAAGGCGAGUACUCCAGAAGAUGAGUAUCAGUAAAUACUAUCUUUUGAUGAAGACAAAAAUCAGAUCAGCUUUGUACCUAACUCUGAGUUCAUUGAAAACCUUAAAUUACAGUACGAAGAGGACUAGCAUAAAAUCAAUCUUAAUCCGUACUUUAAUAUGGAAUAAGCUAUGAAAAUGGAAAAGGCAGUAAAAAUUCAUCUUAGAAUGGGAUUUUUAAAGAUCAGAAAUUCUUAACUAAUGUUUGAGUAAGAAAUAUCUGAUAGUCAUAAUCUCUAUAUCUAGAAAUUUAAGAAAGCAGAGUAUGUUUCAUAGCAGAAAAAAGUCAGAUUAGCUAAGUAUGUCAAGUGCAGUGAGCUUCGUUCAGUCAUCGAGGAGAUAGAUUGUAAAUUAAUUAAUAAAUAUAGUCUAUAGGUCAACAACUAUUUUUAGAAAAAUGGUAGAUUAAAUCAAACUCAAAGAGCAUCUACUCAUAAUUUUUCAGCAGAUACUCAAACUCAGAAGCCUGUAAAAAAAGUUACAACAUUUUAUAUUAUAAUGUAGGGAUCUUCGCAUUACAGUUCAGUUUAAGGAGAUUAAACUUACAUGAACAUGUCUAAUCCGAAUCCAUAAAAAGGCUAAACGAAAUACAACAAGCUGAGCUAUUCGCAAAUCCAGGAAAUCAAUAGGUAAAACGGUAUAUCUGUCCCAGGCUUUCCAGGUUUAUUUUAGAAUGGGGUUUACACUAGAUUUGGAAAAAAGGUAUGCUUUGACGGGUUACCAACCUAUAAAGAGACUCUGAAUGAGUAAUUGAAUCAGAUGAGUCACAAGGUAACUUAAAGGGACCAAAGCCAUCAUAGUAACAGAGAAGCAGACAAUCAGUUGAUAAGAGACCUCAAGGAGCAAUUGGUUCGCGAUCGAAAGUAAAAGUAUGAGUUAUUGAUAAAGAUGAGAGGCGACUUUGUAAAGGAAAACACACAGAGAAGGCAGGAAAAGCUAGAUCGAGAAAGAGAAGAAAAACGGGGCUUUUAGGAGUUUAAGAUCGACUUUUUUCCCUUCACUCAUGGAGAAUAGAUUGAAAACAGAAGACUGUUAGAAAGAGAAGAACAAAAGGAGGAACUUUAAACAUAUCUGAAUAAAACCUCAAGUUAAAAUAUUAAUGCUGGCAAGAGUUCAGCCAAGAGUCAUAAUAGAUCCUGGCUCUCUUAGGAUAAACAUGACUCUUAGUUCAACAAUUCAAUGAACGGAAAGGUGUCCACUGAUUACUUGACAUAGUAUCCACAAUUCCUCAGGCCUAAUAAGCACUAUCCACAUAGAAGAACUGACGAUUCCCAUGUUAAAAAUGCAAUGGAGGUUGCACUAGAGAAAUAUGAAAAGGAUUUGAUGAGUUAGGAAAAGACUAAGCAAAAGGAACUAGAUGAGAUUAAGACUCAAGUCUAGAAAGAGCAAAGUCAAAUGAAGGCUAUGCUAAUCAGAAAAGAAAAGUAAAUUGAAGAGAAUAAAAGACUUUUGGAGUUAUAAAUUGAAGAAAAAGCACAAAGAGACAAGCAAGAGAUUCAGCGCUUGAAGGAAAAGGUAAGAACUAAUAUGGGGCCGGAAGAGACUGAAGAUAAAUACCUCUCUCAAAUAGAAAAGGAAAAGAAGUCUUAGAAUAUAGUUGAAAGCGCACUCAAAAAGUAGAUGGAGGAGAAAUCUAAGAGGAACUAGGGGAGGAAGGUUUAGGAGAGAUUUGAAGAACUUUAGAACUUGGCAUCUGCUUCACAAGUAUUAAUGAUGGAGAGAAAAGAUUAGGUUAGCAAGGAAAAGCAGCAGAAAUAGCUCUAUAAAAAGGCUUGGCAGUAAUAGAUGAAAAUUAAGGAACAGGAAAAGUUAAUAUAGAAUGAAUUAUUGACUGGCAAUCAAUUUAUGAAAAAGUUUUGA